AUGUUACUGCUCUCUCUCGCCGGCCUUAUAGGCCUCUCAUACGCUGGUAGUCAGCAAGUUCUGAGCUCGGGAACUACUACCGAAUCCAACGGCUUUAGCGUGUUCCAACAUAAACACAGCGAUCACUCAAUUCGUAUCCGACAACAAGAUGAAUCGAUCUGUGCGGCUGGCUCAGCGCAGUAUAUUGGCUGGCUAGACAUUGGAUCGAAACACUUUUUCUUCUGGUACUUUGAAAGCCAGAAUGACCCCGACAAUGAUCCGUUGACGCUAUGGAUGACAGGUGGGCCGGGCGGGUCUAGCAUGAUCGGCUUAUUUGAGGAGACUGGACCCUGUUUUGUGAACGAAUUCGGGAAUGGAACAUACUACAAUCCCUUCGGCUGGUCUCGAAACUCAUCGGUGCUCUAUGUUGAUCAGCCCGUUGGCGUCGGAUUCUCUUACCUUGAUGAAGGCGCUGAGAUCCCUGGUGACUCCCCGACUGCUGCUAUCGAUAUGCAACGAUUCCUUCAGCUUUUCAUCUCUGACGUUUUCCCCCAACAUCUCAACCACCCAUUCCACUUGUCUGGUGAAUCCUAUGCCGGGAAAUAUAUCCCAGCACUUGGCGCGGAGAUCGUGAAACAUAACAAGCUCUAUCCAAAUGAGCCUCAGAUUCAAUUGCGAACAUGUCUGGUCGGGGAUGGUUACAUGUCUCCAAAAGAUACUACGUUCGGAUACUGGGAAACCCUUUGCACAACCAAUCCUGGAGUCGCCGAGCCAGUCUUCAACAAAACCAGAUGUGAUAUUAUGGCGGCCAACAUGCCUCGCUGCAUGGAGGUUCUGGAUACUUGCGUCAGACGUCCUGAUCCCGCUCUAUGCGAUGCAGCUUCGAAGGUCUGUUAUGAGGGCAUCAUUGGAUGGUACGACGACGAGUCCGCAUUUGCGGGCGGGCGCAAUCGAUUCGAUAUUACUCGACCCUGCGAGUAUGACGAUAUUUGCUAUAUUCAAGCUGCAUGGAUAGAUGACUAUCUCAACUCAAAAGCUAUUUGGGAUGCUCUUUCGCCGCCUGGACAUAUCAAGAAGUUCAAUGUCACUUCCGAUGCCGUCUCAUACGCAUUCACACAGACUUCGGACUUGGUGACAUCCACCGAUUAUCAAGUUAAGUAUUUGUUGCAGAACCAGGUGGAUUACCUUGCCUACCAAGGAAAUCUCGACCUGGCGUGCAACACAGCUGGUAAUCUGCGCUGGGCAAACUCACUGGUGUGGGAGGGCCAGGCUGAGUUCUCAUCUAAGUCUCUUCAGCCGUGGAAGUCUGUGGUCUCUGCGACUGGUAAGAAUGAGACGGUUGGCACGAUGAAGGAAGUCAGAGUUCGCACGAGCGAUGCUUCGGAGAAGGAGUCCCGCUUUGCUAUCGUGACUGUGGAUAAUGCUGGUCAUUUCUUGCCUCAAGAUCGACCUGAUGUUGCGUUGGAUUUGAUGACUCGGUGGAUUUAUGACUUGCCCUUUAUUUGA